UCUAGCUGCCCCCCUCCCAUCGGCCGACUCUCCUCUUUACUCCGGCCCCCUCCCUCCCCUUCCUCCCGUUUCUUCCUUUCCCGGAGCGGAGGACCGAGGGGAGGGCAGGCGGCCAGCCCCGGAGGAGGGGGGUGCCGAGGGGGUUUGCGGUUAGAAGGAGCAGUAGCAGCAGCAGCAGGAGAAGAUGCUGAGGACGCGGACCACCGGAUGGGCGCGCGGCUGGUGCCUGGGCUGCUGCCUCCUCCUGCCGCUCUGCCUCAGCCUGGCCGCGGCCAAGCAGCUGCUCCGGUACCGGCUGGCUGAGGAGGGCCCCGCCGACGUGCGGAUCGGCAACGUGGCCUCGGACCUGGGCAUCGUGACCGGCUCGGGCGAGGUGACUUUCAGCCUGGAGUCCGGCUCCGAGUACCUGAAGAUUGACAACCUCACCGGCGAGCUGAGCACCAGCGAGCGGCGCGUCGACCGAGAGAAGCUGCCCCAGUGUCAGAUGAUCUUCGACGAGAACGAGUGCUUCCUGGACUUCGAGGUGUCGGUGAUAGGGCCCUCGCAGAGCUGGGUGGACCUCUUCGAGGGUCGGGUCAUCGUGCUGGACAUCAACGACAACACGCCCACCUUCCCGUCGCCGGUGCUCACGCUCACGGUGGAGGAGAACCGGCCCGUGGGCACGCUCUACCUGCUGCCCACGGCCACGGAUCGUGACUUCGGUCGCAACGGCAUCGAGCGCUACGAGCUGCUCCAGGAGCCCGGGGGUGGCGGCGUCGGCGGCGAGGGAAGGCGCCCGGGGCCGGCGGACAGCGCCCCCUACCCAGGGGGCGGCGGCAGCAGCGCGGGCGGCGGCGGCGGCCCCGGAGGCUCCAAGCGGCGGCUGGACGCGCCCGAGGGCGGCGGCGGGACCGGGCCUGGUGGCCGAAGCAGCGUGUUCGAGCUGCAGGUGGCGGACACGCCGGACGGCGAGAAACAGCCGCAGCUGAUAGUGAAGGGGGCGCUGGACCGGGAGCAGCGGGACUCGUACGAGCUGACCCUCCGCGUGCGCGAUGGGGGCGACCCCCCUCGGUCCUCGCAGGCCAUCUUGCGGGUGCUCAUCACCGACGUGAACGACAACAGCCCGCGGUUCGAGAAGAGCGUGUACGAGGCCGACCUGGCCGAGAACAGCGCCCCCGGCACCCCCAUCCUGCAGCUGCGCGCCACCGAUUCGGACGUGGGGGUCAACGGGCAGAUCGAGUACGUGUUCGGGGCUGCCACGGAGUCAGUGCGACGGCUCCUGCGCCUGGAUGAAACGUCCGGCUGGCUCAGCGUCCUGCACCGAAUCGACCGAGAGGAGGUGAACCAGCUGCGGUUCACAGUCAUGGCCCGCGACCGCGGGCAGCCCCCCAAGACGGAUAAGGCCACCGUGGUCCUCAACAUCAAAGACGAAAACGACAACGUUCCUUCCAUCGAAAUCCGCAAGAUAGGGCGUAUCCCGCUGAAGGACGGGGUGGCCAACGUGGCCGAGGACGUCCUGGUGGACACCCCCAUCGCCUUGGUGCAGGUGUCCGACCGCGACCAGGGGGAGAACGGGGUAGUCACCUGCACCGUCGUGGGAGACGUGCCUUUCCAGCUCAAGCCCGCCAGCGACACGGAGGGCGACCAGAACAAGAAAAAGUACUUCCUGCACACGUCGGCCCCGCUGGACUACGAAACCACCCGGGAGUUCAACGUGGUCAUAGUCGCCGUGGACUCGGGCAGCCCCAGCCUCUCCAGCAACAACUCCCUGGUGGUCAAGGUGGGAGACACCAACGACAACCCUCCCGUUUUUGGCCAGUCGGUGGUUGAGGUGUACUUUCCCGAGAACAACAUCCCUGGCGAGAGGGUCGCCACGGUGCUGGCGACAGACGCCGACAGCGGCAAGAAUGCAGAGAUCGCCUACUCGCUGGACUCCUCGGUGAUGGGCACCUUUGCCAUCGACCCAGAUUCCGGGGACAUCCUGGUCAACACAGUGCUGGACCGGGAGCAGACGGACAGGUAUGAGUUUAAAGUUAACGCCAAAGACAAAGGCAUCCCCGUGCUGCAGGGCAGCACCACCGUGAUUGUACAGGUGGCUGACAAGAACGACAAUGACCCUAAGUUUAUGCAGGACGUCUUUACCUUCUACGUGAAGGAAAACUUGCAGCCCAACAGCCCCGUGGGAAUGGUCACCGUGAUGGAUGCUGACAAGGGAAGGAAUGCAGAGAUGAGCCUGUACAUAGAGGAGAACAGUAACGUUUUUUCUAUUGAAAAUGACACAGGCACCAUUUACUCCACAAUGUCUUUCGACAGGGAACAUCAGACCACAUACACCUUUAGAGUGAAGGCUGUUGAUGGGGGAGACCCUCCCAGAUCGGCCACGGCCACAGUCUCUCUCUUUGUGAUGGAUGAAAAUGACAACGCUCCCACCGUUACCCUCCCCAGAAACAUCUCCUACACGUUGCUGCCGCCUUCGAGUAAUGUCAGGACAGUAGUGGCUACAGUGUUGGCCACAGACAGUGAUGAUGGCAUCAAUGCGGACUUGAACUACAGCAUCGUGGGAGGGAAUCCCUUCAAGCUGUUUGAGAUUGACGCCACCAGUGGCGUGGUUUCCUUGGUGGGGAAGCUCGCCCCGAAGCACUAUGGCUUGCACAGGCUGGUUGUGCAGGUGAAUGACAGCGGCCAGCCUUCCCAGUCCACGACGACUUUGGUGCAUGUGUUUGUCAAUGAAAGUGUUUCCAAUGCAACUGCGAUUGACUCUCAGAUAGUCAGAAGUUUGCACACCCCACUCACACAGGACAUAGCUGGCGACCCAAGCUAUGAGAUGAGCAAGCAGAGACUCAGUAUUGUCAUUGGGGUGGUUGCCGGCAUUAUGACAGUGAUUCUAAUCAUUUUAAUUGUCAUGAUGGCAAGAUACUGCAGGUCCAAAAGUAAAAACGGCUACGAAGCUGGCAAAAAGGACCAUGAAGACUUUUUUACACCCCAACAACAUGACAAAUCUAAAAAGCCUAAAAAGGACAAGAAAAACAAAAAAUCUAAGCAGCCGCUGUACAGCAGUAUUGUCACUGUCGAAGCUUCUAAACCAAAUGGACAGAGGUAUGAUAGUGUCAAUGAGAAGUUGUCAGACAGCCCAAGCAUGGGCCGGUACCGAUCUGUUAAUGGUGGACCUGGCAGUCCUGACCUGGCAAGGCAUUACAAAUCGAGUUCCCCAUUGCCUACUGUCCAGCUUCACCCACAAUCACCAACUGCAGGGAAAAAACAUCAGGCUGUACAAGAUCUACCACCAGCCAACACAUUUGUGGGAGCAGGAGACAACAUUUCAAUUGGAUCAGAUCACUGCUCUGAGUACAGCUGUCAAACCAAUAACAAAUACAGCAAACAGCCAUUUCGUAGAGUGACGUUUUCUGUUGUGAGUCAGCCUCAGGACCCACAUCAGGGGUCACUGCAGAGUUGCUAUGACAGCGGGCUGGAGGAGUCAGAAACACCAAGCAGUAAGAGUUCAUCAGGGCCAAGACUGGGUGCCCUUCCACUCCCAGAGGACAACUAUGAAAGGACCACGCCGGAUGGCAGUGUUGGUGAGGCAGAGCAUAUGGAAAAUGAUUCAAGGCCUCUUCCGGAUGUAGCGCUGACUGGCAAGUGUACCCGUGAGUGUGAUGAGUAUGGCCACUCAGACUCCUGCUGGAUGCCAGUCCGUACUUCUCCAGAGAGGAAGAAGAGCCAGCCCAAACUCUCCACUUUCAUGCCUGUGGAUGAACGAGGAAGCCAGGAAAAGCUGGCCAAUGGCGAUGCUGCCAUCAUGGGUGACCGCAACAGAAACCUCCUGAACAAAAAGUUGACCUCAUCCUAUGAGACCUUCAGUGCAGCUAGUUUCAGCAAAACUGAGGAAGCCAACCCUGAGGAUAUUCCUUUAACAAAAACAGGGGAAUAUAAGCCAUCUCCUGUCAACACUCUCACUAGAAGAGAAGUUUACCUGUAGGUUGUCAAGGAGCAACAGCAAAGUUCUUUUCAUGUGUGAGGAGAGUUAGGGGCAAGAACAUUACAAAGUAAAACCAUUUAAUCACAAAGAGGGGGCUACCAAAGAGACAAAGCUUUGCCUGCCACUUCCGCCUCCAAAUCAGGCCUUUAGUGAUACUGUUUGCCUGAUGAGUGUACAAAGUAGAAUCCAUUCUCGUCACUUGCAUGACUAUACCCUUCACUGAUCUCCAACCCCCACUCUUUCCCUACCCCUCCUCAAACCCAAAUAACAACAACAAAAAGAUGGUUGCAAGUUCUUUUCAUGGUAACAAAUCUAAUUAGCAGAACACAACCCACUCUCAUUAUCCCUAAUCUGAAGCAUGAUUUUGGUCACUUUGAUUUGUUUGAGUGUCAUCUGGCUGGUUAAUAAAAGUAGGAUGGGUUAAAAGAUACUUCAGACAUGCUAUCAAUGGUUUAUUAUUGUUAAAGUCAGCCCUUUCAAAUUGUUAAAAAUCCCACUUUAAUGGUACAGUCCUUCUAGGAGGACUCUUUGAAAAAGUAAUUUAGUAAGACAACAGCUUUCAUAUUCUAACAAAAAACUAGGAGCAAAUUAAAACUCAGUAGGAGAAUGCAGUCCCCAGCUACCAUAUGUUGUUAUUUUCAGGUUAAAGGCAUCAACAUUCACAGAAUAUACUCUCCAAUCUUGACAAAUCAAUUACAUGAAUUAUGACUUGCAAAAAUAUGUUUUUGAAUAGAAUCCCUCAUGAAUGAACUUGAACUAUUAUGUCAUUAUGAGGCCAAAGAUGACAUGGCAGAUCAGGGAUAUAAUGAAAUGGAUUUGGUCUUCACAUGGAAAUCCACUAAACAGCAGAAGCAACCGAACCUGUGUGCACACAGAAAUUCUUAGAUGCUACAUUGUUUUAUAUUAACUCUUUCCCCAGAAAACAGUCUUCUUUUAAAAUAAAUUUUAGUUGAAUGCUCAGAAAGUGAAAGAACUAAUUGACCAUGUUUAGUAUUAUAAUAGGCAACGGAUCAAAGCCCAGGCCUAGUCUCAUGUGUUACUGUCAGGGAAUAUUCUACUUUUUAAAGUCAUAGUGAGGCAUAGUGAGAUACAAAAAGACACACUGGAUUAUGAUUUUGUGAAGUCUCCAAUGGUCAUUUCACGAUCCCAGAUGUUCUUGAUGAUUUUAUUUUCAUUUUUAAUUAUAAUUGUGUUUUUAAUCUGGUCAGAACACAAGUGCAUUAAUUUCAAAUUCUGUGCAAUACAGAAAUACACCGAGACUCACAACAUUUAAACAGCAUAACACUUUAAUUGACUUGUCAUUAAUGUGAUUUGAAUGUUAUUCAAUGUGUGUCUUAAACGAUCCUGGAACAUAAAAGUGUCUUGAGUUUGUACAAUAAUAUUUCUCACAGCAUAUGCAUCUCAAAGGUAGAAACUAUAUAGAUUUUUCAAGGGAUACAGAAUAUGGAGAUUUUUGAAUGCUUUGCUCUAUGCAAGAUGAUUUAAGAAACCAGAAGUUUGAGCUGGGACAUUCAGAAGAAAGUGACAAUCCAUGGACAGAACAGGGGAUGACAGGUCAGGAGAGCAAAUGUUCUCAUCGCUGAAUGUUGCUUAUUUGGUUGAGGCCUAGCCUUGAUGGCUUUUGAACAAAAUGUAAAGACACUGUAGUUUUGGAUAGUUUCAUGCUUUGCAGAAUUUCUUAGACUAUAAGGUGAAGAAACCUAGACUGUAGGUUGAUAAUUCACUGUAGGUCAUCAAACUACUUAUCUUUGAGGGACAUUUCUCUGGUAAAUCUUUUAGGAUCAUUUCCUUAUGCUAUUUCUUAAGUGGAAUUUUCAUUUUGAUGUUAGUUUAAGUGUAAUAGGUAGAAUGAAAAAGAUGCAAUUGAUAUAAAAACAUUGGACUAAAAUGUCAAUAAUUGAACAUGCUUAUGUUUGGUUAUUAUUUACACUACGGAAAGAUGAAAUUCUAGAACUUUGUUAGGAAACUGCAUUCAAGCAGUUCUGCCUUGUAUAAUCUGUAAGUACCUAUUAAGACAAAAUACUUCUAAAGAUACUUAUGAAAAUGUAUACAUAUUUUUCUUGCACGUUACAAAGGAAAUAAUUGCAUAACACUGAUGUUCAACACUUUUUUAUAUGCAUAUUUUCUUUCUUUCAUGGAACACUUGAAGCCACUAGAUAGCUCAUUUCACUCUAAAAUCCUUUGGUUGUCUGUAAAGCUAAUACAGGUCACACUGGACCUACAGGUUUAUUCAAUCCACAUUCCACGCUGAUGUUUGCACCUCAUGCCAGGCAGCCAUGUCAUCGUCAUUCAAUGUGUGAACCUCUCUUUAGAACUAAAAUGGAUGUGAAAGAAUAAAAUUCAGUGUACUGUAAGUAUUCGAAGUAAUUCUAGUAGAAUUAGUUAUCAUAACAUGUUUAUAAUAUAAUGAGCUGGCAUGACACAGAAAUAUAUUUUGUGUUUGUAUGACUUUUAUUUUGAAUAGUUUAAUCUGGUGCCACUCCAUAUAGAGUGCUUUUGAAAAAAACAAUAAAAACAAAAAAAAAAAUAAAUAAAUGAGUGAAUGCAAAAUAAGCAACUGUGCCUUUUAUACCUCUUGUUAUGGUAAAAAAACAAACAAACAAAUGGUUGUUGGGUUUGGAUAAUGAGGGGAAAUGGGCUAUUCCCAACUUUUUGAUCCUGUAUAUUUAUCCAUGUUUAUUUUCUGAGAAUAAAUAAUAUAUUAAAACUUUGCCUUCUGACAAACUCAGAUAAUGGACCAGUCUUAAAUAUUGUUCAUUCAUAAGGUAAGAUUCAGGCAUUAAUAUGGGGCUGCUUAAAUCUCUCUGGACGGUGAAAUCAUUGGAUUUAGAAUCACACAGAGAAAUAUUAUCAGGGGUGAAGUCAGUUCAUUUUGAAAGUUAUAAUAUUGAUUUAGAAGUUUUUUUUUUUAAUUUUGUUAGAUGGUCUUUCAUUUUUGGUUAUACAGUAUAUACACUCUCCUUGUUUUCUGUAACACAGACUCCCAAAUGGACUUCUGCAUGAUAAUACAUUAGUACACAUCUACAAAUUGAGGAACUAUAAAAAUGAAUGUGUAUUCAAAUGUCUGUAACACCUGUCUAAAAUCGACUGCUCUGUCUGAAUCUCCAGAUGUGAUUGCUGUCUGAUGUUUUUGACUGGCCUAUUGUCUGAGUUUCGGGAAACAAAGGAGGCAUUAUUUUUAUGAGAGGAAGAACUGGUGUAGAGGAUGGACGUCUGCCUGAAAGGCCACCCUGGGAGGCCGAGUUAGAGGAAAGUACAAAAUGAAACACACAGGCCAGAGAGGAACUGCCAGGAAUCAAACAGCCAUCUUAAAACAGUUGUGAGGAAUCUUAAGGCCUAUGACAUUUCAAACGGCAGGUUAUAGCUGCAGUAAAUAAAAAAAAAAAAAAAAAAAAAAAAAAAAAAA